AUGCCCCUCCGCCAGCCACUGCGGCUCAAGCCCUGCAGGCCCGCCACGGGAGCCGCGAAGCCAGCGACUGCCCGCCCCGCCCGCCUCUGGCCGCCACCGGACUUGGCUCAGCCGGGCUGCAUGGAGCCGGAGCAGGUGGUCACGCCAGAGAUCGUCGAGAAGCAGCGGAUGGAGCUCGAGAAGGUCCUCCAGGAUGUGGAGGAGUCUUCCAGCAAGGCCAAGAUUGCCGCCAAGACCGCCGUGGACACCGCCGAGAGGUGCCGUCAGAUCGAAGAGGAAACGAAGAACAUGAUCGCAGAGUUCAUCGGCAAGAACGCCGUGGCCCAGUCGUGAGCUCGGUCUCUCGAGCCCCAAUUUCGGCACUGUGGGCCGUCCCACUGUUCGGCCUGCCUCUCCUUCUGUGCCGCUGCACCCGCACGGAGCCACCUUCCGCCGCCCAGCCUCUCACGGCAGAAGCGCUUCGCAAUUGACGCACAGUUUUUUUUUUUUGCAUGGAGAGGGGGUCGCCAGAGACGUGUUCGCGCUGCCCGGCUUGCCCAAAGUGAGAACGAGGCAGCUCAUACCGCGUUUCUUGCUCCCUCUGGGCCUCGAUGGCGAUCCGCGCCCAUGUUCGCUGAGUGGCAAGCUGGAGUUGAGGCACAGGGGACUCGUGUUUACCUUCCCUACGGUAGUUGGUUGGUGUUUUGAGUGUUCGCCACGCCGCCGCCGGUGCUCCUCCUCCUCCCUCCUCCUCCUUCUCCCUCCUCCUCCUCCUGCUCCUCCU